AUGUUUCUUAGACGAACCGCUCCCGCUGCCUUCCCCGAAGAGGAAGAGGAAGAAGACGAGUCGCCGUCAUUCCCGCUGCUCGACGAAGACGACUUCUUACUUUUUUUCUUCUUAGACGACGACGAAGACGUUGAGGAGCCGUCGCCGUCGGAUCCUGAAUCGGACGAACCCGAAGAGCCUGACGAAUCUCCUGAAGAAUCUCCUGAGGAAGAGUCGCCGUUGCUAUCAGACGACGAUCCGCUGCUCUUGGAACUCUUCUUAGAUUUCUUCUUUUUAGAAGACGAUGACGAUGACGACGAAUCCGACGAUGACGAUGACGAAGAAUCUGACGAUGACGAUGAAUCUGAGGAAGAAUCUGAAGAUGACGAAGAGGAAGAUGAGGAGGAGCUCUUCUUUUUCUUCUUCUUCCCGCUGGAACUGGACGACGACGACGAAUCAGACGACGAAUCGGACAACGAAUCGGACGACGACGACGAAUCGGACGACGAAUCGGACGACGAGGAGCCUGACGAUUUAUCAGAGGAACCGCCGGAACUUCCGCUUCCGUCGCCUCCGCUGCCCCCGUCGCUAGAAGAAGACGAAGAUCCUGACGAAGACGACGAUUUUGAAGAUGAUGAGCCGGAGCUUCCAGAUCACCAGAACCGGAUGACGAGGAUAGUCGUCGCGCGACAACUUCAAGGUCCUCCUCGAGUUUCUGGGGAUGGGAACGUUCAGGAACAGGGGAAAAAAACGAUAACAUAA